CUUUUCACCCACUUCUCACUUCUAACUCCAAAUGGUCAUGGCUUCGUAUGAGCACCUCUUUAACAAAUUAGAGGACCAGUUUCUCUUGACCAAGGAGCAAAUGGCUCCUAUUAUCAAGGGCUUUAUAUCAGAGUACCAAUCCGGCCUUAAAACCCCAUCCAAGGGCAUUGCCUCCAUGAUUCCAUCCUAUGUCACCUCUUUGCCUACUGGUAAUGAGACCGGUACCUUCCUUUCCCUGGAUUUAGGAGGUACCAAUCUUCGUGUGAACGCUGUUCAGCUCCUUGGAGAUGGUCAGGUUAACAUUGUCGAGAACAAGCGUUUGGCCACUGAGGACCUCAAGUCAGGAUCUGGAGACGCUUUCUUUGACUGGAUCGCAGACACUAUUCAAGAACUCAUUACUGUAAAGGCAAAGCACUUGUUCAAGCCUGAGCAAGUGAAUGGUCAGGAUACCCUCUCACUUGGUGUCUGCUGGAGUUUUCCUAUCGAUCAAACUACUUUGAAUAGAGGAACAGUUUUACGUAUGGGUAAAGGCUUCACGAUGCCAAACGUUCAAGGCCGUGAUUUGUCGGAUAUGUUCCAUGAAGCUUUCAAUCGAAAGAAUCUUAACGUCCGCGUCGGUGCGCUGUUGAAUGAUACUGUUGGAACAUUGGUAGCUCACGCCUAUAGCAACCCUCGUUCUCGUAUUGGGUUUAUCUAUGCUACUGGAUGCAACGCUGCGUACCCCGAGAAGGUUUCCAACAUUGGCAAGUGGGAUGAGUCCCAACGCUCUCAAUUCAAUCCUGAUGAUGAAAUGCUCAUUAACACCGAGAUCGAUAUCUUUGGCAACGAUACCUAUUUGCCACGAACCAAAUAUGACCAUCAGCUGGACAAGAAUCAUACGCAACCCGACUUUCAGCCAUGGGAAAAAAUGAUGUCAGGAGCAUACCUUGGCGAGUUGACUCGAUUGGUAGCCAUGGAUUUCAUUCAACAAGGUGCCCUAUUUGAUGGAGAGGUUCCAGCAGGCUGGGAUACUCCUUGGAGCUUCCAAACUGCCAUGAUGAGUUCCAUUGAAAGAGAUAACACCGCAUCACGUGAUGCGUCUGUCAAGAUUCUGGAAUCCGUCUACUCCUUUUCUACUAGACCUUCCAAGGACGAUAUCCAAGCCCUUACUCGUAUCUGCCGUAUCGUGGCUACCCGCGGUGCCAUCAUGGUAGCCGUUGCUAUUGCAUCCAUGAUUGAAAAACAGCAACUGCAUAUCGUUGACAGCAACGAAAUCGUCAUUGGUGUGAAUGGCUCAACUUAUGAAUACUAUCCUUACAUGGAUGUACGCGUAAAGAAGGCUCUCCGUACCUGGUUUGGAGCUGAGGUUUCCGAUCGCAUUCUCUUAGAAAUUGCUCGUGACGGAGGUAGCAUUGGCGGUGCCCUUGUUGCCAUGUUGGCAGCCGAAUAGAUUCUCACCCCCGUCACUGUCGAGUGCAACCUUUGAAAAGCAUUUUUUUUCGUUUACCACCUAGAGGAACAUAGUCUCUUAGAGCGCUUCUGUUUUUGUUUUUUAAUUUGCUUUUUUCAUAUUCUACCUCUUGUACCAUAUCUUUAAAUUUUCAAAUAUAUCUGAUCUACCGAUUUUUGGUUUAACGUC